UGGACUCUUCAGCCACUGUCUGAAGACUAGCCAUGGGCCAGGAUUAUUAUUCUGUGCUCCAGAUCUCUCGAAAUUCAGAGGAUGCCCAGAUCAAGAAGGCGUACCGGAAACUCGCCCUGAAGACCCACCCACUAAAGGCCGUUGAUCAAUCAUCAGCAGAGACCUUCAGACAGAUAGCAGAGGCCUAUGAUGUGCUGAGUGACCCUGUGAAGAGGAGCAUCUAUGACAAGUUUGGAGAGGAGGGCCUGAAGGGAGGGAUUCCUUUGGAGUUUGGAUCCCAGACCCCAUGGACAACUGGUUAUGUCUUCCACGGCAACCCUGAGAAGGUUUUCCAUGAGUUCUUCGGGGGAGACAACCCUUUCAGUGAGUUUUUUGAUGAAGAAGGACAUGAGGUGACUUUGAACUUUGGGGGACUCCGGGGCCGAGGGGUGAAGAAACAGGACCCCUCGAUUGAACGGGACCUCUACCUAUCUCUGGAGGACUUAUUCUUUGGCUGUACCAAGAAAAUCAAAAUCUCUCGAAGGGUGCUGAAUGAGGAUGGGUACUCCUCUACCAUCAAGGACAAGAUCCUCACCAUUGACGUAAAGCCUGGCUGGAGACAGGGAACACGCAUCACCUUUGAGAAAGAAGGGGACCAGGGCCCCAAUAUCAUCCCAGCUGACAUCAUCUUCAUUGUAAAGGAGAAGCUGCACCCUCACUUCCGCAGGGAGAAUGACAACCUCAUCUAUGUGUACUCCAUCCCCCUAGGGAAGGCUCUAACCUGCUGCACUGUGGAGGUGAAGACGUUAGAUGACCGUCUGCUCAACAUCCCCAUCAAUGACAUUGUCCAUCCCAAGUACUGCAAGAAGGUGCCAGAUGAAGGGAUGCCAUUGCCUGAGGACCCCACCAAGAAGGGGGACCUCUUCAUCAUCUUCGACAUCCAGUUCCCCACCCACCUCACCCCCCAGAAGAAGCAGUUGCUGCGCCAGGCUCUGCUGACAUAGCCACUGGGUGGGGCUGGAGCAGGGGCAGGAGAAGGUUGACUGACUUCACUCCUCGCCCCCGUUUCAAUAUGUGCACAGUAGGAGGGCCUGGACUCUUAGACAAAACAAUAAAAGUCUACUUUCUGUCCUUCAGCUGCACCCAGGAAAGUGUGUUGGAGAGGAGUGUCACAAGGCCCUUCUUGAAGAGGAGAGGGAAAGAUUGGCAUUUUGGGCAAGGGCAGGUCCCUGAGGUUCCCACCUUGAUAAAGUGGGACAGAAACAUAAAGCCAGCUCUGCUCCGAUGUCUCCUGACACAAGAUCUUUAGGAGGGACAGGCUUUGGAGUGUGAUAUGGUCACACCAUCAAAGUAGGUAAAUCAAAUGACAAAAAAAAACUGUCGGGCCUGGGUGGUGGCACAAAAGUGCACAUAGUAUGAAAGUAUGAAGCACAAGGUCAUGUGCAAGGAUUCGGUUUGAGCUCCGGGCUCCCCACCUGCAGAGUCACUUCACAAGUGGUGAAGCAGGCCUGCAGGUGUCUCUGUUUCUCUCCCUCUGUCUCCCCCGCCCCGCCCCCAUCAAUUUCUCUCUGUCAUAGCCAAUAAAAAAUGAAAAGGAAAGGAACAUAAAGAUACUCACCUGGCACCCAGGCCGACUACACACAAAAAAAAUAGACCCUCUUGUGUAUCAAGCCUGUCAUGCAGACCUGUGAGAAAAGGAAAGGAAAAUGGCUACCAGGAGCAGUGGAUUAGUAGUGCAGACAUGGAGCUCCAGCGAUAACCUUGGAGGCCAAAAAAAAAAAAGAAAAA